AUGGCACCAAAUACCGAUCUCAACAUCUCCGCCUACGGAGCCGCUCGCUCCACGGUAGAAGACACCCCCCUGAGCACCGAGGAAGUCCGCAAGACGAACGCCUACUUCCGCGCCAGCUUGUACCUCUGUCUGGGGAUGUUGUACCUGCGCGACAAUCCGCUUCUCCGGAUCCCCUUGAAGCAAGAACACAUCAAGACUCGUCUCCUGGGCCACUGGGGCUCCGACGCAGGCCAAUCCUUCACCUGGAUUCACAUGAACCGACUAAUCAAGAAAUACAAUCUGGACGUGCUUUUCGUUUCCGGUCCGGGACACGGCGCCCCGGGCAUUCUCUCCCAGUCGUAUCUAGAAGGCGUAUAUUCCGAAGUGUAUCCGGAUAAAUCGGAGGAUGAAAAGGGGAUGCAGAAAUUCUUUAAACAAUUCUCCUUCCCGGGGGGAAUAGGCAGUCAUGCGACGCCGGAAACACCGGGGAGUAUUCACGAGGGAGGGGAAUUGGGGUAUUCGAUUUCACAUUCCUUCGGGGCUGUAUACGAUCAUCCGAACCUAAUUACACUGACCAUGGUAGGAGACGGGGAGGCAGAGACCGGUCCUCUAGCGACGAGCUGGCAUAGUACCAAGUUUCUGAACCCUUGUACAGACGGCGCCGUCCUGCCGGUCCUCCAUCUGAACGGAUACAAGAUCAAUAACCCGACUGUGUUCGCGCGGAUCAGCCAUGAGGAACUAUCUGCCUUGCUGGUGGGAUACGGAUGGACGCCGUAUUUCGUGGAAGGCAGCGAUCUAGAUACCAUGCAUCAAGCGAUGGCGGCGACGCUGGAACACUGCGUUCUGGAGAUAAAGAAAUUCCAAAAACAAGCCCGAGACUCCGGAAGGGCAUUCCGUCCUCGCUGGCCGAUGAUCAUUCUGAGGACCCCAAAAGGCUGGACAGCCCCUCGUCACGUCGACGGGAAACUCCUCGAGGGAUUCUGGCGAGCGCAUCAGAUUCCCAUCACUGACGUGAACACUAACCUGGAACAUUUAAAGCUCCUCGAAAAAUGGAUGAAGAGCUACAAACCCGACGAAGUCUUCGAUAAAACCGGUCGACUUAUCCCAGAACUAAAGGCCCUGGCACCCACUGGAAACGCUCGCAUGAGCGCAAAUCCCGUCGGAAACGGCGGUAUCAUCCGUCGUCCUCUGGAUAUUCCUGAUUUCAGGACCUACGCGCUCCGGGGCAUCGAUCCGGGGAUCUCCGUCCGAGGAAGCAUGGCCAAUAUGUCCAUGUUCCUUCGUGACGUGAUCGCUCAGAAUAUGAAGACCUUCAGACUGUUCGGACCGGAUGAGACGGAGUCUAACAAACUUGCUGAAGUAUACAAGGCGGGGAAGAAAGUCUGGAUGGGGGAGUACUUCGAAGAAGACAAAGACGGGGGAAACCUCGCAAUGGAUGGUCGAGUCAUGGAGAUUCUCAGUGAACAUACCUGCGAAGGAUGGCUAGAGGGGUACAUUCUCUCCGGCCGACACGGUCUACUAAACAGCUACGAGCCAUUCAUCCACAUCAUCGACUCAAUGGUGAACCAGCACUGCAAAUGGAUCGAGAAGUGUCUAGAGGUGGAGUGGCGCGCGAAAGUCGCAUCACUGAACAUUCUCCUCACUGCAACAGUCUGGCGACAAGACCAUAACGGAUUCACCCAUCAGGAUCCGGGGUUCCUAGACGUGGUAGCGAAUAAGAGUCCCGAGGUGGUGAGGAUCUAUCUCCCACCGGACGGAAACACCCUCCUAUCCACCAUAAACCACUGUCUCUCCAGCGUCAACUACGUCAACGUUAUCGUCGCCGACAAACAGGAACACAUCCAGUUCCUGAACAUAGACGAGGCAAUCGAGCACUGCACCAAGGGCGUCGGGAUCUGGGACUGGGCCAGCAACGACCAGGGUCAGGAGCCGGACGUGAUCAUGGCGGCCUGCGGGGAUGUUCCCACGCAUGAAUCGCUAGCUGCCACGGCGCUGCUGCGCGAAUACCUUCCCCAGGUGAAGGUGCGGUUCGUGAACGUGUUGGACUUGUUCCGGUUGAUAUCCGGGGUAAAUCAUCCUCAUGGGAUGACGGAUCGACAAUGGAAGGCUGUGUUUACUGACAACACGCCCAUUAUAUUCAAUUUCCAUUCGUAUCCGUGGUUAGUCCAUCGUUUGACGUACAAGCGACCCGGUCAGCAUAAUCUGCACGUCCGAGGGUACAAGGAGAAAGGGAAUAUCGAUACGCCAUUCCAGCUGGCUGUGCGGAACCAGACGGAUCGAUAUCGUCUCGCUAUUGACGCUAUUGAUCGUAUCCCUUCCCUGGGGAACACGGCCGCCGGGGUUCGUGACCGGUUCAUCAAUCUGCAGCUGGCGGCCACGGCGGAAACUUUGGAUAAUGGCAUUGAUCCGGAAUACAUUCGUAAUUGGAGGUGGCCCCACCGGGAGAAGAAGCGGAGGACGAGUGUAUUGUAUGAGGGCACCGAUAAGCUCGUGUAG